AUGCCGCUCCCGCAAGGCGUCCCUACUGCGCCUGCACAGCUCUGCUUGAUUUCGUCACUACCCGCCACUCACCCGACCGCACCCCCUCGUGCUCGUCUGGUCGGCCGCGUCAUCGCCUACGACCCGACUCGCGCACUAGCACUGCUCGCCGACGGCCCGCACGGCCUCCUCGUCGACCUGUCGCUCGUCAUGCACCACAACGGCCCAGCGGCGCCGCGAGCAAGAGACCGCCUCAUGGUCACUGGCGAGCUCGUCCUGCACGACAACCCCAUCCCGCUCCCCUCGAUCGACCCUUCCCUCCCUCUAACCUCGACGAGCGCGCCCGAGGUCGACCCGCGCGUCGUCCUGCUCGCAGAGCGCAUGCAGCACUGCGAGGAGCUCGACAUGGAGCAGUGGAGAGCGGCGGUUGAGGCGGCGCGGGCGUACGGCGAGCGGUGA